AAGGGUCCCCUUUUGGGAGCGCGGUGCCGGGCACAGAACACCAAGUUACCCUAAUUAUUCAGCUGGAGCCUGCCUCGCAAGGCGAGACAUUCGCACAGCACGAAUCCAGCCCGGCGGCCGGCUACUCCGGGUGAAGUGAGCCCUUCAUUUUCCCGAUCAGCUCAGGAAGCGAAAUAGUGAAACCCCCAAAUCCGCUUCCUCACGUGGUUGCUAAAAGGGCGCGCGCAGAGCCUAGAGGGUGGGGGAAAUUACAAGUGCAAGUGACUUUGGGUAUACUAAGGUUAGUGAUUCCCCCCACACCCGUUAUCUGGGGAUAACGGAAGCGUAGAUUCUAAGUUUCAGUGUCUAAUGAGUUGCGGGGGGCGCACAUCACUCUUAAAGCCCUUGUCAGGCGCGCCCCAAGUUUGUGGCUGGCGCGCGGACGGCUGGGCCGAGCGGGGGUGGGGAGGGUCUCCAGUCCCAGGCAUUGCGCUCGGGGCUUCUGCUCAGUUUCCUGCCUCGGAGUGGCCGCGUCCGCCCCAGCCCAGAGCAGUGUGUGCAAUCCAGAAACUCGAUAGGAGGCAGCAGCUGAUCACCCACCGCCCUAAAAAUAAUCCGCUGGGCGCCCGGCGCGCUUCGGCCAGGGGAAGGAAAGCGCUGGCUUCGGGGAGUUCUGCGUCCGGCUUUGAAAUUUAUACUUAAAGACAGAGUAGGAAGCUGGUGUUUUGAAGGUAAAGCAAGUGCACCAGUGGGGGUUUGAAGCAGCGUCAAGCGAUUACCCAAGAGUGAACUAUAUAAGAAGAAAUGAGCCUUUCAUUCUGCGGUAACAACAUUUCUUCCUAUAAUAUCUAUGAUGGUGUGUUACAAAAUCCCUGCUUUGUGGAUGCCCUUAACCUGGUUCCUCAUGUCUUCCUGCUGUUUAUCACUUUCCCAAUAUUGUUCAUUGGGUGGGGGAGUCAAAGCUCGAAGGUACAAAUUCAUCACAACACAUGGCUUCAUUUUCCUGGACACAACCUGAGAUGGAUCCUUACAUUUGCCCUCCUGUUUGUGCAUGUUUGUGAAAUAGCAGAAGGCAUUGUUUCAGAUUCACGGCGGGAGUCGAGGCAUCUCCACCUCUUCAUGCCUGCGGUGAUGGGAUUUGUUGCUACCACCACAUCCAUAGUAUAUUAUCAUAAUAUUGAAACAUCAAAUUUUCCUAAGUUACUUUUAGCCUUAUUCCUGUAUUGGGUAAUGGCCUUUAUCACAAAAACCAUAAAGCUGGUCAAAUAUUGGCAGUCUGGUUGGGGAAUAUCAGACCUGCGUUUCUGCAUCACAGGCAUAAUGGUCAUUUUGAAUGGACUCUUGAUGGCUGUGGAGAUCAAUGUCAUUCGGGUCAGAAGAUAUGUAUUCUUCGUGAAUCCGCAGAAAGUAAAGCCCCCUGAAGACCUCCAGGAUCUGGGUGUGAGGUUUCUCCAACCGUUCGUGAAUUUAUUGUCAAAAGCAACCUACUGGUGGAUGAACACGCUCAUCAUAUCUGCUCAUAAAAAGCCUAUUGAUCUGAAGGCAAUUGGAAAAUUACCAAUAGCAAUGAGAGCAGUAACAAACUAUGUUUGUUUGAAAGAUGCAUAUGAAGAACAAAAGAAAAAAGUGGCAGAUGACCCAAAUCGGACUCCAUCUAUAUGGCUGGCAAUGUACAGAGCUUUCGGGCGACCAAUUCUACUUAGUAGCACAUUUCGUUAUCUUGCUGACUUACUGGGUUUUGCCGGACCUCUCUGUAUUUCUGGAAUAGUUCAGCGUGUAAAUGACACCCAGAAUGAAACAAAUAACCCAACAGGAGCUUCAGAAACCCUCUCAUCAAAGGAAUUUCUUGAAAAUGCUUAUGUUCUAGCAGUUCUUCUGUUCCUGGCUCUUAUUCUGCAAAGGACAUUUUUGCAGGCUUCCUACUAUGUGACCAUUGAGACUGGCAUUAACCUGCGUGGAGCCUUGCUGGCCAUGAUAUAUAAUAAAAUCCUUCGGCUUUCUACAUCUAAUUUAUCCAUGGGUGAGAUGACCCUGGGUCAGAUCAAUAACCUGGUCGCCAUUGAAACCAAUCAGCUCAUGUGGUUCUUGUUCCUGUGUCCCAAUCUAUGGGCCAUGCCUGUUCAGAUCAUCAUGGGAGUGAUCCUGCUCUACAACUUGCUUGGGUCCAGCGCUCUGGUUGGUGCUGCUGUCAUUGUGCUCCUCGCGCCAAUUCAAUACUUCAUUGCUACAAAGUUGGCAGAAGCUCAGAAGAGCACUCUUGAUUAUUCCACUGAGAGACUGAAGAAAACAAAUGAAAUACUGAAAGGCAUCAAACUUCUAAAGCUGUACGCCUGGGAGCACAUCUUUUGCAAGAGUGUGGAAGAGACAAGAAUGAAAGAACUCUCCAGUCUCAAAACUUUUGCUCUUUAUACAUCACUCUCCAUUUUCAUGAAUGCGGCAAUUCCCAUAGCAGCUGUUCUUGCUACGUUUGUGACCCACGCAUAUGCCAGCGGGAACAACCUCAAACCUGCGGAGGCCUUUGCUUCGCUGUCGCUCUUCCACAUCCUGGUCACCCCUCUCUUCCUGCUCUCCACCGUGGUCAGGUUUGCAGUCAAAGCCAUCGUCAGUGUUCAGAAGCUGAAUGAAUUUCUCCUGAGUGACGAGAUUGGUGAGGACAGCUGGCGAACUGGUGAAGGGUCUCUUCCAUUUGAAUCCUGUAAGAAGCACACUGGAGUCCAGCCAAAAACUAUAAACAGGAAGCAGCCUGGAAGAUAUCACCUGGACAACUACGAGCAAUCAACACGACGUCUGCGUCCCAUGGAGACGGAGGAUAUUGCAAUAAAGGUCACAAAUGGGUACUUUUCAUGGGGCAGUGGUUUAGCAACCUUAUCCAAUAUCGAUAUUCGAAUUCCAACAGGUCAGUUAACCAUGAUUGUGGGCCAAGUGGGAUGUGGGAAGUCCUCUCUUCUCCUUGCCAUCCUCGGAGAGAUGCAGACCUUGGAAGGAAAAGUUCACUGGAGCAAUGUAAAUGAAACUGAACCUUCUUUUGAAGCGACCAGAAGUAGGAACAGGUAUUCUGUGGCUUAUGCAGCUCAAAAGCCUUGGCUAUUAAAUGCUACAGUAGAAGAAAAUAUUACCUUUGGAAGUCCUUUCAACAAGCAGAGGUACAAAGCAGUCACAGACGCCUGUUCUCUUCAACCAGAUAUCGACUUACUACCAUUUGGAGACCAAACUGAAAUUGGAGAGAGGGGCAUCAACCUGAGUGGAGGUCAGAGGCAAAGAAUCUGUGUGGCCCGAGCUCUCUAUCAAAAUACCAACAUUGUCUUCUUGGAUGAUCCAUUUUCUGCCUUGGACAUUCACUUGAGUGAUCACCUAAUGCAGGAAGGAAUUUUGAAAUUUCUCCAAGAUGACAAGAGGACACUUGUUCUUGUGACUCACAAAUUACAAUAUCUAACACAUGCUGACUGGAUCAUAGCCAUGAAAGAUGGAAGUGUUCUAAGAGAAGGGACUUUGAAGGAUAUUCAGACCAAAGAUGUAGAGCUUUAUGAACAUUGGAAAACACUAAUGAAUCGGCAGGAUCAAGAACUGGAAAAGGAUAUGGAAGCUGACCAAACAACUUUAGAGAGGAAAACACUCCGAAGAGCCAUGUAUUCAAGAGAGGCCAAAGCCCAACUGGAGGAUGAAGAUGAAGAGGAAGAAGAGGAGGAAGAUGAGGAUGAUAACAUGUCCACGGUAAUGAGGCUGAGGACUAAAAUGCCAUGGAAGACCUGCUGGCGGUACCUCACUUCUGGAGGAUUCUUCUUGCUCUUCCUGAUGAUUUUCUCUAAGCUUCUGAAACAUUCCGUCAUUGUAGCAAUAGACUACUGGCUGGCCACAUGGACCUCAGAGUAUAGUAUAAACAGUACUGGAAAAGCUGACCAGACCUACUAUGUGGCUGGAUUUAGCAUACUUUGUGGAGCAGGUAUUUUCCUCUGCCUUGUUACAUCUCUCACUGUGGAAUGGAUGGGUCUCACAGCUGCUAAAAAUCUUCACCAUAAUCUCCUUAAUAAGAUAAUUCUUGGACCAAUAAGAUUCUUUGACACCACACCACUGGGACUGAUUCUCAAUCGCUUUUCAGCUGAUACAAAUAUCAUUGAUCAGCAUAUCCCUCCAACUUUGGAAUCUCUAACUCGGUCAACACUGCUCUGCGUGUCUGCAAUUGGCAUGAUUUCUUAUGCUACCCCUGUGUUCCUGGUUGCACUUGUGCCUCUUGGGGUCGCCUUUUAUUUUAUCCAGAAAUACUUCCGAGUGGCCUCUAAGGACCUCCAGGAACUUGAUGACAGUACCCAGCUCCCUCUGCUUUGCCACUUCUCAGAAACUGCUGAAGGACUCACCACCAUUCGGGCAUUUAGGCAUGAGACCAGAUUUAAGCAACGAAUGCUGGAACUGACAGACACUAACAACAUUGCCUACUUAUUCCUCUCAGCUGCCAACAGAUGGCUGGAGGUCAGAACGGAUUAUCUGGGUGCUUGCAUUGUCCUCACUGCAUCUAUUGCAUCCAUUAGUGGGUCUUCCAAUUCUGGAUUGGUGGGCUUAGGUCUUCUGUAUGCACUUACGAUAACCAAUUAUUUGAAUUGGGUCGUGAGGAACUUGGCUGAUGUGGAGGUCCAGAUGGGCGCAGUGAAGAAAGUGAACAGUUUCCUGACUAUGGAGUCUGAGAACUAUGAAGGAACCAUGGAUCCUUCUCAAGUUCCAGAACAUUGGCCUCAGGAAGGGGAGAUCAAGAUUCAUGAUCUGUGUGUCAGAUAUGAAAAUAACCUAAAACCUGUUCUUAAGCAUGUAAAGGCUUACAUCAAACCUGGGCAGAAGGUGGGCAUAUGUGGUCGCACUGGCAGUGGGAAGUCAUCAUUAUCUCUGGCUUUCUUCAGAAUGGUGGAUAUAUUUGAUGGAAAGAUUGUCAUUGAUGGGAUAGACAUUUCCAAACUGCCGCUGCACACACUACGUUCUAGGCUUUCAAUCAUUCUGCAGGAUCCCAUACUCUUCAGCGGUUCUAUUCGAUUUAAUUUAGAUCCGGAAUGCAAAUGCACGGAUGACAGACUCUGGGAAGCUCUUGAAAUUGCUCAGUUGAAGAACAUGGUCAAAUCCCUACCAGGAGGUCUAGAUGCAGUUGUCACUGAAGGUGGGGAGAAUUUUAGUGUUGGACAGAGACAGCUGUUCUGCCUUGCCAGGGCCUUUGUCCGCAAAAGCAGUAUUCUCAUCAUGGAUGAAGCAACGGCUUCCAUCGACAUGGCCACAGAAAACAUUUUGCAGAAAGUGGUCAUGACAGCUUUCGCAGAUCGCACCGUUGUUACCAUAGCUCAUCGGGUUCACACUAUUCUGACGGCAGACCUAGUUAUUGUGAUGAAGCGAGGAAAUAUUUUAGAAUAUGACACUCCAGAAAGCCUCUUGGCCCGGGAAGAUGGAGUAUUCGCUUCUUUUGUUCGUGCAGACAUGUGACGGAAUGUCUUAAAACCAUGCUUGUAUUUAAAAUAAUGCUCUCAUAACCUACUUAAUGGAUCAUCAGCUUGGCCUUUGGAAAGUGGCAUCUUAAACUUUUACACACUUUUGUGAAGUUUGAUUGUUAUGUUGUGGAAUUUGUAAUUAGUAACAAUAUCACUGUACCAGUGAAUAUUGCAUUUUCUAUAUUGACAUUUCUUCUUCCUCCGUUUUGUUUGUUUUGCUUUGUUUCCCAAUCUGUGACUGCUUAUUAUGUUCAUUACUGAUGUUUUUCUAAAGAUUAAGCCACAUUACCUUUAAGAAUAACCUUUAAGUUUGUAUUAAAACAAGUAAGCUACUUUAAGUGGUAAAUCAACCACUCUGCUUAAGCCUGGAAAAUAUCUCUCAAGCAUAGAAGUUACAGUUAGCAUUCAGUAUUAUUUUACUCUUACUUGUAAGAAUAUAUUUCCUUUUUGUUGGUGUUUCUAGAUAUUAUUGGAAGAAAUUAAAAGAAGGACAGGUUUUCUAAUCAGUUAGAAAAUGAAACACUCAAAUUCAUUAUUUACUGUCUGAGAAUAUGUUCUGUAUUCAUUAACAUUAAUAAUACUGAUGUUUCUUAUAAAAGUCUCUUUUUUUUCAUCUGAAUUGUUUCUGGUCACCAAGACUAGAAGUUAUUAUUACAUUUAUAAUAACUCUGUAAAUCUAAAACCUUCAUUAGAAUGAUCAUGAUAAUAAGAGUUUGAAAAUUUGACAAAUUAUACCCAAAGUUCCAUUUUUCCUUGUCUAGUAAGAGGAGAGUUCUUAAGAUAUCGAGCAUAAUGUGCUUUUCCAGACUGAAGUUCAAAAAUAAUAAGGUUCAACCCUUCAGUGACAGGUCACUACAGCUUUCCAUGGUUUAAUUAAUCAUUAGAUGUGUUCUUCCCUGGUGGCUCAGAUGGUAAAAUGUCUGCCUACAAUGCAGGAGACCCGGAUUCAAUCCCUGGGUUGGGAAGAUCUCCUGGAGAAGGAAAUGGCAACCCACUCCAAUACUCUUGCCUGGAAAAUCCCAUGGACGGAGGACCCUGGUAGGCUACAGACCAUGAGAUUGCAGAGUCGGACACGACUGAGUGACUUUCACUUUCACUUUCACUUUAGAUGUGUUUAUGAUCCUCAAGGCCUAAAAUUCCAUAUUAUUCAAGACUGGAGAGCAUAAGCAAGUGGCCUUAUUUUCACAGGAUAUAUCUAUACAAACAUACAUACAUACAUAAACAUAGGUAGACAUACACAUAUAUGUAAAACAUGUGUCUAUUUCUAGGUGGAAGAAUGUAUAUUUCUUUUAAUAUACCCAGUGGUGUCACACAGGUACAUAUUUGCUCCUGCUCUAAUUUUAAUGUACAUGUAAAGAGUGUAUCAAAAUUUUAUUCUGAUUUUAAUGUGCAUAUUCAAGGUGCAUCAAAAUUUAUGGCAUAUUAGUGUCAUGCUUUCUUAAAUGUAAAUGAAUAAAUUGAAAAAAUGCUAAAAGUUACUUUCACUGUCAUGCUAGCAGCCAAAGAUUUAUACUGUAAUUUUGUACCCAUUUGUAUCAAUAUUGAUUUUCAUGUCAAGGUCCAUGUGCAUUGUAAGAUUUUGAAGAAUUAUAACUGAUGGAAAAAGAGAAUGUAAGCUCCCUUUCUAUAGUUCCUGUGUUCAAUUUAUUGUGUAUUCAUGCUUGGAAAAUUCGUAUACUUACUUACGCAGAACUUAUGCCUGGGCCUUCCCCUGAAUUUAGAGUCUUGAUGUUUACCUAAAAUAAGUUUCACAAGGAUGAACAAAAGUGUUCUAUGUUACUUAGUGCAAACCAUCAACUCAUCAUAUACAUAAAACUUCAUUAGGAGAAAAAUCCUCUUAUUCUUCCCUGAAAGUUAAACAGAAUAGAAUCAUGAACUUGAAAAUAUUUUCUAAAUGUUCCACCAAUCUACUCAAAGUGUUUCUGGCAUGCAAAUGCUUUGUAAGGUUGAAUUCACACCAUGCUUUUUACCAAGUUACAUAUUUCAGUGUCACAGAGAAAGGGCUUCCCAGGUGGCAAUAGUGGUAAAGUACCUGCCUAAGCAGGAGACUUAAGAGAUGCGGGUUCGAUCCCUGGGUUGGGAAGAUCCCCUGGAAGAGGGCAUGGCAACCCACUCCAGUAUUCGUACCUGGAGAAUCCUACGGAUAGAGGAGCCUGGUGAGCCAUGAUCCAUCAGGUCACAAAGAGUCCGACACGACUGAAGCUUCUUAGCACCCACACACAUCAAGAGAGAUGAGGAUUUACCCACUGAAAUAAUCCCUCAUGAUAUCUGUAAAUAUUCUACUGCUAUCCAGGCAGUGUCAGCAGAAGCAUAUCUAAUUACACUAAACAGAAAAUCACAUUUACCAUUUUUACAACUAAGUGAUCACUGGUUUCCUCAUAACUUGCAGUCACUUGAGUGUUUAAUUGUUUACAAAACUAAAUUGACUGAAUAAAGUCAAGGAUGAUCUCUUAAAUUGUUUAAUCA